AUUAUAACACAAGUGGCAGAAAAGACCUUUCAGAUACGAGAAGCCGGCAUGUGGUGGUCGCAUUAAUCUUUGUGUUCUCUAGAAUGUGGAUAAUUCCCCUUUUUUCCGAUAAAACAUUACCUUGUCGCGUAAUUGUAUUGGAUUAAAUAUAUAAAGUCAUACAUAAAGACCGACAUCGGAAUAUCGUACGCAUAGAUGUGCUCGCGGAUAAUGCGGCAUUACAGGGGCUUCCAUUAGUUCCUUUUGACAUACUUUUGUAUGAGUUACGAGCGAAUUGCGGUCUGCGAUGCACACGUCUUUCGAUUCUCGUCCUUAAUUCAAGCGUAUCUGGAUUAAAGCGAAAUUCGUGACGUAGCAUUUAGCGUUUCAUCUAUUUGAACUAAGAUGGUGUGUUGAUAUUGGAAUUAUUGGCAUUUAAAAAAUAAUAAUAACGAAAUUGAUGAGAAGCAAAUUUUGGAGUUUGAAAGCGUUCUUACGAAAGAAGUCUAACAAAAUGUUCAAUCUAUACCAACACAUGAAGUCCAACAACGAAGACAAGGAGCAAAAGGAACCAGAGACUACCGGGCACGACAGGUUCUAUCAAGAACGUCCGAGAACCAGCUAUAGGAAGAAGAAACGCCGCGGCGCCUGUAGACGGGCCCAAUCUGCAGCCGAACUCAACCCUGAAUCCAUUGCGGCUGCUAAUAAAAGGAAUGCGUUUCGUAUACGCUCCGUGUCCACAGAUAGAGAAGAAAGUGAAGAAGAGAAUUCUGAGCGUGCACCUCUCGUGGCACAGAAGAUAGACUCCCUGGCGAAAUUGCUGUUCAACAAAUCCCUUAUUGGCACGGGCUCUGGUAAAUCAUCUCCAUCAGAACCGACAGCUUCGCCAAGAGCUGGCGAUCGUUCUAUGGAAAAUUCGGCUGCUCUAGCAAUAUGUACAGAAUAUUUGUCACAAUCUUCAAGAUAUGCUUUAAUUUCUCAGCUCGGAGCGAUUGGGUCACGACCGAAUAAACAUUGGUUUGCUAUCCACGACAAUUCCAUUAAAACUGACAGACUGCUAACCCUGAUGCCUCUAACAAAUAAAUGCCCGAUAGAACAGGGCGACCGUUCUAAAGCCCUGAUAAUGGAAUUAUUUCGGGCCCUCCACCAUCCAUAUAUAUAUCCAGUACUUGACCUGGAAAUGUGUAAUGGACACGCACUGACCGUCUUACCAUUUAAUGCCAGGGGGAGUCUGAAAGAUCUUAUUUAUAAGAGUACUUGGAAUGACGAGUACGCCCGCAAGUGCGGCUCGUUGGGCACGGGGCUCCCGGCGUGGCAGGUGGCGAGGUUUGGGCGACAGAUGCUGGAAGGCCUCCUCUUUCUAAAGGAGAAGGGUUUUCCGCCCUUCCGACAUCUACACUCGGGCAACGUUGUCGUGCAGAACGGGGUUGCACGUAUAUGUGGAUUGGAGAACACGUUGAUCGGGGCCCUCCCGCGGUGUCCCAUAGCGUUGGCCGCCCAGCUGGAGGUCGUGGAGGCUCUGUCCCUCGGACACGUGCUGUUUGAGAUGUGUGCCGGCACUGAGAUCGACCUCGCUCUGUUGCCCGAUCUCACGCCGACGUAUCCGAACGUCGUCGAGAUCAUCGAACAGAUCUUCGGUCCGCGGACCCCGACGCUGCACGAGCUGCUCCUCUGUGAGCUGUUCCGGAAGAUCGACCUUCGCGAGAUGAAGGGAUCUUGCUUACCGAACUUCAGCCAGCGUUUGUCCCGGUCGUGCCUCUCUCUGCUGGGCGAGGUGGCGCGGCGACAGCCCGGGGCCGCGCGCCGCUCCCGCCCCGCCUCCCCCGCCUCACCCGCCACCCCCGCCACCCCGCCGGCCAGACGGAGGCAUUUUCCCGUUGAGCAAGACUUCGCUGAAGAGUGGCAGUGGUGAUCAGAAAUUUAAUUGGAUAAUUUUGUUUUCUUUUUUUAUUCUUUCAUUGGAGCAAUAUUAAUAGUAAUGUUUUGUUAUAAAAUUAUUAAUAAAAAUAAUUAUCGGUCA